AACUAGUUGAACUGGAACUGGGCAAGCAUUUGCAGCACAGUGGAGGAAGUGUAGAUAGAGAACGCUGAUGUGUUUAUUGUUAAAGUUUAUACAUACUGGUGUGAUACGCUAGUCAGGUGCCCCAAGAAGCCCUUGUGUGUAGCGCUGUCCUCUCUGCACACCAGUAUGGUGUCUCCCUCCAUCUGUGCCCAGAAGCUCUUGUCCUUCUUUCCAUUCCUGCUUGUUCUGUUUGAUCUGCAGUAUGAAGGUGUGCAAUGUGGAUUAAAUGCAGAUGUUGACAGACAUCUGGAAAUGGGAAAAAAAUUAUUAGCUGCAGGGCAGCUGGCAGAUGCAUUAUCUCAUUUUCAUUCUGCUAUAGAUGGAGAACCAGAUAACUACCUGGCAUACUAUCGAAGAGCCACCGCAUUCCUGGCUAUGGGCAAAUCAAAAGCUGCAAUUCCUGACUUAAGUAGAGUAAUUGAACUGAAGCCAGAUUUUACAUCAGCAAGAUUACAAAGAGGGCAGCUAUUGCUGAAACAAGGAAGGCUGGAUGAAGCAGAGGAUGACUUCAAAAAAGUGCUAAAGUCAAAUCCUAGUGAUCAGGAACAGAAGGAAGCCAAUGACCAGCUGUUGAAAUCGGAUGAGAUCCAACGCAUGCGCUCACAAGGAAUCAGUGCGUACAACAUGAAAGAUUACUCUUCUGCUGAAGCCUUUUUUAAUGUUGUGCUAGAUACUUGUGUUUGGGAUGCAGAGAUUCGGGAACAUCGAGCUGAAUGUUACAUCAAUCAAGGGGAACCUGGGAAGGCAAUAAGUGAUCUCAAAGCUGCUUCUAAACUCAAAAGUGAUAACACAGAUGCCUUCUACAAAGUCAGUAAGAUAUAUUAUCAGCUUGGAGACCACGAAAUGUCACUCAGUGAAAUCCGUGAAUGUUUGAAGCUUGACCCUGACCACAAGGAUUGUUUUUCACAUUACAAAAAGGUAAAGAAGCUCAACAAGCAGAUUCAGACUGCUGAGGAACUCAUACAGGAAGGACGGUAUGAAGAUGCAAUCGGCAAAUAUAAAGGUAUUUUAAAAACAGAACCAGACAUCCCAUAUUAUUCUUCACUUGUUCAAGAGCGAAGCUGUCAUUGUUACACCAAAAACCAACAGUCUACCGAAGCUGUUAAAGUUUGUACAGAAUAUCUACAGCUGGAGCCUAAUAAUAUUAAUGCUCUCAAGGAUAGAGCUGAAGCCUAUAUAUUAGAAGAAAUGUAUGAUGAAGCUAUUAAGGACUAUGAGACUGCACAACAGCAUAGCGAAAAUGAUAAACAAAUCAGAGAAGGGUUGGAAAAAGCACAAAGACUUUUGAAGCAGUCUCAGAAAAGGGAUUACUACAAAAUCCUGGGAGUAAAGAGGAAUGCCAAGAAACAGGAAAUCAUAAAGGCUUAUAGAAAGCUGGCACAGCAGUGGCAUCCUGAUAACUUCCAAGUAGAAGAGGAAAAGAAAAAAGCAGAGAAGAAAUUUAUUGACAUAGCAUCUGCCAAAGAAGUCUUAACAGACCCAGAAAAGAGGAGUCGUUUUGAUGCAGGUGAAGAUCCCCUGGACCCUGAGAGUCAACAAGGUGGAGGAAAUCACUUCCACAGAGGUCAAUGGAACCAGUGGCAAGGUUUUAACCCAUUUGGCUCAGGAGGACCUUUCAAUUUCAAAUUCCAUUUCAAUUAGAGACUAACAUACAGAGAUAUAUAGCUUUUUUUUUUUAAAUCAUAUUUGGUUAUAGUUCUUUAAAGACAAACUACCAGGAGUUCUAUUAGAACUGCUGUUAGCUUCAGGACAGUUACAGUAAUGUACUUGAACACAAUGUUUCUGGAUGCAAAAAAAAAAAAAAAGCAAAGAAACUUGUGACUUUUGGAAGAGAGAUUGAAUAACUUCCAACAACUGCAUUGUAUUACAGUAUUUCUUCAAGAAUAACCACUACACCAAAGGUAUUUCCUUUAUUGUUAAAGGGACAGUAUAUUGCAAAGUGCUGGAGAAAACAUUAACGCUCAAUGGACUAAUACUAGAUACCAAAUGUAUUGAUGUGACAGAAGUCAGUGCCAAUAUGUAAACUGUACUUAAAAAAAGAAAUGUUAAUAUAAAUUAAACUAUUUCCCAAAUUA